AAUAAUGUACGUGUUGUGAAUAGGAAAGAAAAUACUACUUCGUACUUCGUACGGUACAGUAAAGUGGAACGUCUGUAGAUACGUACGUACCGCUGCCAAUGGCAGUACUUCUAAUACGUAGAAGUACCAGUGCUACUACUACUAAUGCACGUUCAAGAAAAUAGAAACUACAUCAAGUGUACCGGUAUAUUUCAGGGAACGAUCGGCACAGCGACCGCAGGAACAGGAAGGAAAACAAGCCAGCAUCCCAAACCAGAGACAACAAAAGAGCGACCCGGGCACGAUGAGGACGCCAGGGAUGGCGGCGCAGCGAAGCAUAGCCAUCGCAGCCAAGAACGGGAUGCGGCGGCCCAAGCCCCCCUCCCUCUCCCGCGGUUGUGGUCUGUGGACCGCCACCGCCCUGCUGCUGUCCGGCGGUUGGCCUUCCGCGCGACGCUCGGUGGUGUGGAGCGCCGCGGCCCUGGCAGCCAAGGACAAGGCCCCGGGCGCGGACCGCGGGGCAACGACCCUUUUUUCCUCCCCUUUGUCGCCGUCGCCGUCGUCCUUUACCAUCCACUCCUCGAUUUCGGAACUCCUCUCGGAACACGACUACGACGCCUUUAUCCUGGACCAGUUUGGGGUCCUCCACAACGGGAAGGAUCCCCUCCCCGGUGCCGUGGACUGCGUCGAGCGCAUCUCCGCGGUUUCGUCCGGAGACGACGACGACGACGACGACGACACACCAAAAACAACACGGAAACAGCUGCUGCUGACGGUCCUUUCCAACACCAGCAGCCCGGCCAAAACGACGCUGGACCGUUUGCACAACAGGCUCGGCUUUGAUCGGUCCCGCUUCAUCGGUGCCGUUACCUCGGGGGAGGAAGCCGCCCGGUACAUACGGGAAACCUUUGGAGGGCCUCCGGCGGCACAAGCUGAAAGACAAACAGAAAGACAAACGAAACGGUUCUUCGUCUGGUGCACCUGGGAUCGAGACAACCAAAACGUCCCCGAUCCGCUCGAGUUCCUGGAGCUGUGCGGACCGGGCAUCGAACCGACCCUCGACGUCGACAGGGCCGAUUUCGUGGUGGCCCACGGAUCGGGGGCGAUCCGGGGGGUUCGAGACGGUGGCGGUGGCGAUCGCGGGCUCGAGGUCCGCUCCAUGGGGACCUUUCUCGACGACGGCGACCUGGGGGAGGGGACCCCUAUCCACGGCCUCCUCUCGAGGUGCGCCGACGCGAACCUCCCCAUGGUCUGCGCCAAUCCCGACGAGGUCGUAAUGUACCACGACGGAAGCCUCAAGCACAUGCCGGGGAAACUCGCGGGGGCCUACGAGCGCAUCCUCCGGGAGCGGAGCACCGCAGAGGGGGGCGAAGGCACCGGCGAACGCACUCCCACCAUUCGGAUCUUUGGAAAGCCCCACAGGGAGCACUUCGAGGCCUGCCUGCGGGACCUCGAUCUGGCCCACCGGCGGCGCAACCAGCAACAGCAGCAGCAGCAGCAACAACCACCACCGGCCCCCGGUGGAGAACCGGAACGAGAAGGACCCCGCGCCGCUCUGAGGGUCGCCCACGUCGGCGAUUCCCUCCACCACGACGUGGCCGGUGCAAACGCUUCCGGGAUCCCGAGCAUCUUUGUGGCGGGCGGGAUCCACGCGGAGGAGCUGUGGGGGGAGGGCGAGAGGGACCUGCCGCCGAGCCGGGCCGUCCUGGAAGAAUUCUUUGCCAGGGAGGGGCACACCCCCACCCACGUCGUUCCCGCGUUUCGCUUCUGAAAUGGUGUGGUGUGGUGUGGUGUGGUGUGGCUUGGUAGAAUGGAAUGGAAUGCAAAAACCAUCUGUUGCUAAAGGAUCAUGGUUAACACUGUAGUCUCGUACCGUACAUGUCGAACCAGAAACUCUCGUAGCACUUGUACCAUUUGUUGGGAGUGCCAUGCAUUCGUUCGCAGAGCAUUCUUUCGUGCAAUCGAUAGGUUCGUUUCCGGCAUGCGCACACCCAGAGUAUACAGCUGCUCCUGGAAUAGAAAUGCUUUCGAUGC